UCUUCCGGGUCACGCGCGGUGAGCCGGAAGUGAUCGUGCGCGGACACGCUGCGUGCAGUGGUACUCCCGGCGGCUCUGUAAGGCGCUGACGGAGAAGAACCACCGGAGGAGGACGGUUUCAUUAAGAUGAGAGAGUUCUGGCCGGCAGCAGCAGAGAGGAGUGAACUGGCCUUGGAGGAAAGCUAACCCACGAAUGGCCUGCCAGUCUGUCGCUGUAGUCAUGGACGAGCAGGCCCUGCUGGGGCUCAACCCGAACGCCGAUGCCCGCUACAGGCAGAGGGCUAUCGCUUACUUCGAGCAGCUGAAGGAGUCUCAGGACGCUUGGGAGGUUUGUGCUGAGGCUCUCGCCAAAGGGAUUUACAGUGAUGACCACGUCAAAUUCUUCUGCUUCCAAGUCUUGGAGCAUCAGAUCAAGUUCAGACAUUGCAGUUUGAGUGCUGUUCAGCAGCAGCUCAUCAGAGAGACUCUAAUGAAGUGGCUCCAGUUUCAGCUGAUGAACACUCAGCCCGAGAAGGCCUUCAUCAGGAACAAGGCAGCACAGGUGUUCGCCCUCACCUUCGUCAUGGAGUACAUGACUCUGUGGCCCAAGUUCUUCUUCGACAUCCUGUCCCUGGUGGGUCUGAAUCCCCACGGAGUCGACAUCUACCUGAGGACACUGAUGGCCAUCGACGCCGAGGUGGUGGACAGAGACAUCCUGCACACGCCGGAGGAGACUCGCAGGAACACGCUGAUCAAAGACAGCAUGAGGGAGCAGAGCAUCCCCAGCCUGGUGGAGUCCUGGUUCCAGAUCCUGCAGACGUACCAGCAGUCCCACCCUGAGCUCACCUGUCAGUGCUUGGAGGUGGUCGGAGCCUACGUGUCCUGGAUCGACCUCAACCUCAUCGCCAAUGACAGGUUCGUGAACCUGCUGCUGAGCCAGAUGUCCAUGGAGGAGCUGAGGGAGGAGGCCUGCGACUGCCUGUUUGAAAUCGUCAACAAGGGAAUGGAUCCAGUGGACAAAACCAAGCUGGUAGAGUCUCUGUGCCAAGUGCUACAGUCAGCAGGCUUCUUCAACGUGGAGCAGGAGGAGGAUGUGGACUUCCUGGCCAAGUUCUCACGGCUGGUGAACGGCAUGGGUCAGAGUCUGGUGCUGAGCUGGACCAAGCUGGCAAAAACCGGCAACGUGAAGGAUGCAGCGGAGACGCUGCAGGCCGUGGAGGCCAAAGUGCCUCUGCUGCUGCAGCUGCUGGUGCACGAGGAUGACGACAUCUCGGCAAACAUCGUGGGCUUCUGCUACGAGUACCUGCACGUCCUCAAACAGCUUCCUCAGCUGACGGACCAGCAGAAAGCGAACAUCGAGGCCAUCAUGCUCGCUGUAAUGAAAAAACUCACGUACGAUGACGAGUACAACUUUGAGAACGAGGGCGAGGACGAGGCAAUGUUUGUGGAGUACAGGAAGCAGCUGAAGAUGCUUUUGGAUCGACUCGCUCAGGUUUCACCGGAGCUGCUGCUGGAAGCCGUCCGCCGCGUCUUCACCAACACGAUGCAGAACUGGCAGACAGCACCCUUCAUGGAGGUGGAGGUCGCCAUCAGGCUGCUCUACAUGCUGGGUGAGGCCUUACCGGCGGCGCAUGGUGCCCACUUCUCUGGAGACACGGCCAAGACGAGCGCCCUGCAGGACAUGAUGAGGACGCUGGUUUCCUGCGGUGUCAGCAGCUACCAGCACACCUCCGUCGCUCUGGAGUUCUUUGAAACGGUUGUGCGAUACGACAAGUUCUUUAUCGUGGAGCCACAGCACAUUCCUGGCGUGCUGAUGGCGUUCCUGGACCAGCGAGGCUUGAGACACAACAGCCCGAAGGUCCGCAGCAGGGUGGCCUACCUGUUCUCCAGAUUCAUCAAAACCCUACAUAAACACAUGAAUGCCUUCGUCGAGGACAUCCUGACGAGGAUUCAGGACCUGCUGGAGCUCACUCCACCUGAAAACGGUUUCCCGGCACUCCUGACCAGCGACGACCAGCUCUUUAUGUUUGAGGCAGCCGGCAUCCUCAUCGUCAACAGCGAGAGCCCUGUGGAGAGGAAGCAGGCACUGAUGAGGAGCCUGCUGACACCGCUGAUGGACGCCUUCCGCCUGCUACUCACCAAACUCCCCCAGGAGACUGAGGAGGAGCGUCAGACCGCCCUCGCCGACUGCCUGAGUCACGCCGUCGGCUUCGCCAGCCGGACCAGCAAAGCUUUCAGCAACAAGCAGACAGUGAAGCAGUGUGGCUGCACCGAGGUUUACCGGGACUGCCUGCAGGCCUUCCUGCCCGCACUCAGCUGCCCCGUGCAACGGAGCGUGCUGCGCAGCUCCGUGCGCUCGUUCCUGCACCGCAUGAUCAUCUGCAUGGAGGAGGAGGUGCUGCCCUUCGUCCCCGCUGCCUCAGAGCACAUGCUGAAGGACUGCGAGGCCAAAGAUCUACAGGAGUUCAUCCCGCUCAUCAGCCAGAUCACUGCCAAGUUUAAGCGGCAGGUGUCUCCCUUCCUGCAGCAGAUCUUCAUGCCCCUCGUCCUUGCCAUCUUCGAGGUUCUGGCACGCCCGGCAGAAGAGAACGACCAGACAGCGGCACUGGAGAAGCAGAUGCUGAGGAGGAGUUACUUCAGCUUCAUCCAGACCAUCGCAGGAAGUGGGAUGAACGAGGUGAUGGCCAAUCAGGGGGCAGAAAACAUGGAGCGCAUCGUGUUCACCAUCAUUCAGGGCGCUGUCGACUUUCCCGACCCCAUCGCGCAGAAGACCUGCUUCAUCAUCCUCACCAAACUGGUGGAGCUGUGGGGAGGUAAAGACGGCAUGGUGGGCUUCCCCGACUUUAUCUACAAACACAUCGUCCCAGCCUGUUUCCUGGCUCCCCUCAAACCAACCUUUGACCUCUCAGAUGCACAGACGGUCCUGGUUCUGUCGGAGUGCGCUCUCACACUGAAGAUGAUUCAUCUCAAACGGGGACUCGAAUUCAUCCAGUUCUUGCAGCAGGAGUACCUGCCAUCACUCCAGGUGGCCCCGGAAAUUUCACAGGAGCUCUGCCAGGUUCUCCAGCAGCCUGACGUCAAAGUCCUGAAAAACUACAUUAAGGCGUUCUUCCAGCGAGGAAAACUGUAGGGAAAAAACCUGGAAGUUCACGGGGACUGAAGGACUCUUCACAGGAAGUGGUCAUACUGCCACUCAACAAUUGAAAAAUACAGGACCUUAGCAUAGGCGCUGCUCUUGCACUUAGAAUUAAAUGCAUAACAAAGCCCAGCUUGUCUAAGUCGGGGACGUGGAACGAAGCCUGGUGAAACCCCUCCCUCUGAGAUCAGCAGAUGUGCAGGAGCGCCACGUCUGCUCAGAAACGUGGAGAACUUUGUGGACGCCAUGAGGAAAGGGCUUUUUUUUUUUUUUUUUUCCUUUUUCAGGAGAGGAUGCCUCUUGUCGGGAAAAGAUUGGGUAAUUAUCCUCAGUGACCUUCUAGGUUAGAAGAAUCAAUAGCUUUACACUCACAUUAGAAACCACAUUUCAGAACAGGCUAGACUGAGUUUUAGAAGAAGGAAGAAUAAAAAGGGCUGACGCAUUAUUCUUAUUUAAAAUGUGGCUUUUUGUUUUGUUUUUUUUUAAACAUACAUGCUGAGGAGUGAACGGUUGGUUUUAGGUUUGAAGUGAAACGUUACAGCCCGACUCGAUCUGCAGAUCAAGUAUUAUCUUGUUACCUGAUCAGACGGAGAUCCUCGGCGUGGAUUUUAAAACCGAAGACACCACAUUUUUGUUUGCUGGAUGUGGCUGACUUUUUUUUUUUUUUCAAAUUUCAGAUGGAAAUGAAAAUGUAAUGGAGGAACAAAGUGUAAAUAAGAGAAUAAGAUGUUAAAAAUGUAAAUAAAAUUCCUAGGUUUAGUUUCUUUUUGUUUUUUAAAUAUUCAUUCCCAUCUGGAAACCAUGUGCGGAGGCCCAUUUAUGCCAGGGAAAAAAAUGUAAUAUAAAAGUGAAAAUUUCCGAUUUGUGGCAUCAAAAGUUUAUACAAAAAAUUAAAUAUGCGUUCUUAAAACUUUUUGUUUAUAAAUCAAUGGAGUAUUCAAUUAAAUUCACUUUCAGAAUGAACAUUUUAUUCCAGGUAUUUUCUUAUAAAUGCAACUUGAUGAGUAUUAACACAAUUUUGUAUUGGUUUUUUGAAUUUUCUUUUUGGUUACCUUAUGGGGACUCAAUGCGUAAAAAUUUUGUUUUACAUAAUUUCAUAAAAAGUGAAUAUUUAAACUUACUAUAAAGCGUGACUUUAAAGUAAAACUAUAAAUUUCACCGAUGUAACUUUUACACAAAACAUUUGACCCACACCAUUAGUUUUACUACUUCAAUACAAAAAUCAUGUAAAUUGAAUUAAUCAGUACAUGGUUAUAUUUAUUAUUGCACUGACACAUCUUUAAAAAAAAACAUUUCGUUUGAUAAAUUUAAAAAUUACAAUUUGCAAAGGUUGCAAGUUACUCUGUUGUGACUUAAAAGCUUGCUGUGGCUUUUUGUUUGGUUUUUUUUCUCGACCUUAAAGUCACAGUUUUAGGUUGUUUGAAAUUAAAAAUUUAACAGGUCUGAUCUGAAAGUAAACAUAAAUAUGUUUAUUAUUCCAAAAGUUUAUCCGGUUAUUAACUGCUUUGAUGUAUUUAGUCAAACAUGAGUGACUUUUUUUUUUUUGAUUGAGUAAUUAACAUUUUUGAUGCAGUUUCUCAAUAUUUUGAGGUUUGCUGUAUUCAGUUAAGUUGUGAGUUUCUAUGACUUUCAUAGAUUUUACAUUAUUCAUAUCAUCAAUUUAUUAAUUAAAUAUUUUGUUCUAGUCUCUUAUAGUUUAACGUUUGGCAAUUGAAAAAUGUUUUUUCGGGGAAGAAAUGACUUAUUCUGAGUAUUUGUACUUUUGAUGCCUCAAAUCUCAAAAUCUAAAACUUGAAAAAAAAUCUGAACAAUAAUAAAUGUAAUCUAGCAUUGAAAUUGUUGUGAUUUAUUCAGUAAUGCUGAUUUACCAAACUUAAAAUUUGAAUCUGUUCAUCUCUAAUUUGGACAACUUUCAUUCCUUUUUCUUGGCAUAUGAGGACCGUAGAAAUCACAACUAAAUCAUGCGUAUCUCCUGUAAAAACAGACCAUUGCUGUUUGCAGAAGCAGCUCGAUUAAUUUUAUAUUGCAGUGACAAUUCAGGACAAUUCAUUAUGCAACACUUUUACUGUGAAGGAGCUGCUAAACAGUUAUAACUGUCCUGAAACAGCAACAAUCUGUACAGAUGCUCUUCACACCUCCAGAUUUUGUGACACCCUGGAAAUAUUUCCAAUGUUUGAAUAAGUCGGUGUGUUCAUCGUAAUUUGCUGUAAUUUUCCUGAAACUUUGCCUUUGGACAACCUGCUGAGAAAGUGCCUGAAAUUGUUGGUUCCAGUUAAAAGGGGACAUCUUACACUCUCAAGAAAUCCAGCGGGGGAAAAAAUCUAAUCAACGAUAGUAAUUUUUUUUUUUUCUAUAAAGAAAAGGCUCCGUAAUUUACCCAAAAAGCGAAUGUUUAUUUGAGGAGUAACAGUUGUCAGCUGCGUAUUAACACGGAUUGAAUUGGAUGUACAGUUUGCCAAUUAAUGCUGCAGAACGGAUUUGAUGACAACAAAAAUCUAAUGAAAUGUCAUUAAAUCAUUGUUUACCUUUUCAGUUAACUGUAAUACAGUUGUUUUUUCUCCUCUGUGGUGAAUUUAAAGAUGCUAUCUCUUCAAACAAUAUCUGAUAUUAAUGCAUAUGAAAUAAAAAGAAAAACAUUUGCUUUAUUAGACAAAUACAAAUAUCACAUUCAUAGUGAGCCUGAACUAAAAUGUGAAUAUUUUCAGCUUUUUUAAAAAAAAAAAAUCGUAAAUAGUUUAUUUUUGGCAGAUGUGGGCUUCCAUAGACCUAGCAAAGUGCUAGUGGUCUAAAUACAUGGUUUAACGCAGGGCAAUUGGUUUCUGGCUCUGAUAUAAUCCACCUCAGUUCUCUGGUGAUAUGAAAGAACUCACUCAAUAAUGUUAGGUUAAUAAAAGCUGCCAAGCUAAGUACGCGAAAACAGUUAGCCUGCUUAGCUACAAAUAUCUGUGGUUAGAAAUUAUUUUAUUAGCAUUUUGAACGUUAUGUCCCAUUUAUAAAUUGACCAGAGUGUUGUUACCGCAACUUUAACCCAGCUUAGUAUAAAUAGCUAAAGAGGCCUGUUACCUAAUUAAAGGUAGAUUUUAGUUUUAUCUGGUUUAGCUAACAAGCUAAUGCUAAUUGCUGCUAAAACAAAGAUCUGACAUUUCUAUAUUUUUAUCCAAAAAAAAUCCAUUGUUAUUGAAAUUAUUUACAGUAGUUAUUAAAUGUGUGGGUUUUUUGUCUUUGGUUUUUUUUUUGUCAGUGUAGGCUAGGCUUGCGGUUCCUCCCAUUUCAAUUUCCGCGUUAUGUUAAGCUAGGCUAAAAGGAUCUAUAGGGUACAGGGUUUUGUUUUGUUUGUUUUUUUUUUUUGGGGGGGGGUACCUGUUUUUAAAAGGCUUCAAAUGUUUUAUUCCUAAUUAAUAACAAUGAAAAUUAAACAUAACCAUGAUGAUGUUAGUAUAUCACAAAGAUGGUCAAAGCUAAAACGAUGUAAAAAGCAAACAAAAAAAAAAAAAAAACCAACAUUACAGUGGCUGCUUAUACCCUUUGUAAUGUUAGCUAUGUUGACUGGUAGCUGUUUUGAUGACACGCUGAUUAGCAGUUUCUCUGAUUUCGUUUCCCUUGAUUUCAGUCUUUGUGCUAAACUAAACUAAUUGCAGUUUGGAUUUGGAUUUUCUCAAUUCUAUUUGCAGACUGUAAAUUUCUUAGCAA